AUGGAUCUUGCUAGGAGCCUCGUUCGAAUAGUCGCUCGGGCGUUUUAUGAGACUCGUCAUAUUCUUGUGAUCGAUGCUCUCUUCAUACACUCAGUCCUCCAUGCAGAGGACCUAGCUCUCCUUUUGGGAAUGCAACAAAAAGACCUUCGGAGACUGUGCGGUCGCCUGCGGGAGGACCGCCUCAUAGCAGUCCAUUCCCGCCCCGAACUUCGUGAAGGCCAGACGCGCCCUGUAAACCGCGAGUAUUACUACAUUCCGCUCCAUCCUGUAAUCGAUGCAAUAAAGUAUCGCGUUUCUCGCUUGACUUCCACGAUCAAGACCCAAUACACCCCGAGUGCAGAGAGGAAGGAGUACAUAUGUUUACGGUGCCAGGCGGAAUGGACCCAGCUUGAAGUCUUAGGUCAUGUUGGGCCCGAAGGGUUUGAAUGCCAGCGAUGCGGUCAUCUGCUCUCUGGGACAGAUGAAAUCCAGGGUGGUGCCGGAGCAGACCGCACUGGUCAUGAAAAGAACAGCAAACUAAUGGCUCAGCUGGAUCCAAUGUUGAAGCUUCUGAAGCAAAUCGAUUCUGUCGAGGUUCCCCCCAAUGACUUUGAUACUGCGUGGGAUCACAAGAUCGAUAUCGUACGAAAUCAGUACACAAAUCCUUCAAAACCUGGCGUGAUAGUAGCGAAAAGCUCUGCUGUGAAGGGCAUCAACAAAACUGAUGCUUCAACACUUGAAGUAUCGCUUACCUCUUCUGCUGAAAAGAGCGCAGAGGAGCAGGCCCGGGAAGAGGCAAGGAAAGCCGCGCUUGAAAAACAAAAUGCACUCCCUGUUUGGCACACACAGUCUACUGUCAGCACGGAUAUAAGGCCGACUCAAGUAAAGCCAGAGGCGAAUGGAAUAGGAAUCAAAACUGAAGUUGAUAUUAAGGCAGAUAUUAAAGAGGAACAGAAACCGGAUGCUGAAAGUUUGGAUGAUAGUGUUGCCGCAUAUUACGCCGAGAUGGCCCGCGAGAAGGAGCGUGAAGCGAAAGAGGAUGUAAGUGAAGAAGAUUCUGAAGACGAGGAUGAUGAAUUUGAAGAUGUUGGGAUUGCACCUAGUGCUAUUGGCACAUCUGCAAUUCCAGAUGCCAUGAAAGCACUGCCCGUCAAUGGUUCCUUGAAAAGGGAGCUCGAUUCAGAAUCUGGAAGCAGUGCCCCGCAUACCAAUAUUCCUACACCAAUCACGCCAGUUGACGAUGGGGGCCCAACAGCGAAGAAGAUCAAGCUGCACCCGGAGGUUAAAAAGGAAGACUCGGACGAAGAGGCCGAUGAGUUUGAGGACGUUUAG